GGCUAUGGUGGGCCGCCUUGCUUUCAGCGGGGCCAGGCAGGACCCCAGCCUGUCACGAUAGUUAGGUAGUGAGUGCGCAGCCUUUCUGCCGUCAACAACGUCCUUCUCAACCCCGCGCCUCGCUCUCUUUCGCCAACCCUAAGGCACCUUCGCUCAUCCUUAUUGCGCCUAUUCAAUCAUUCUCUAUUUUCAAUAGCAUUUUAGCAAUCAUUUAUCAUUAUUCUUUGCAUAUAUUUCUGGCAGCACGCUGCCUGACCCGCCUGCAUGCGAAACCGCGACGACCCGACACAUCCGCCCCGUGCUCCGUCCGAUCCUUUCGCAGGCACCCUAUAGACCCUUCACAACCUUCGCAACUCCCAAUACACCUCGCGCGCACGACCUCCUCCAUAUUCGACCCUAGAGUUUGCAGCGCCGACUCCGCCGCGCAACGAGAACCAUGAGCAUAUUCAGCAAAAGGUCCAAAUUCCGAGUUCCGACCGAGGUCCGCCGAAUCAAGCAGGUCGUCGAGCCGGUCGCACAGCCCAAGACGGCCCGAGCAGCGAUCCUCGGCAGCACAGCGGCCCCAGCCGCGGCCUCCCAUUCCGUGUCGAGAAGCUCCCACGGCACGCCGCGCGCCUCCCCCAAGCCGGCCUCGUCAUCACGAACCCAGGCGCUCCAGUCUGCCAUGUCCUCCCCGGAAUUGAGGCGCUCCUCGACAACAACGAGUCGGAAAAGACGCGCUGCGUAUACUAAUUCCCCACUCAACGACUCCGAUCCCGAGUCCGACGACGAAGAUUGGCGCGAGACGCUAGACCCGAGCAAGCGGCGGAAGCGGGCGCACACCGAAGACCCGGCCCGACAAUUGCGACAUCCGAGAUUGUGGGCUGGGCAAAAUGAGGAGGAGGAUGAGUUGGGAAUUGUGCACGCGGUCGAGGUCGCCUCGCUGGCGGAUAAAUGCCGGCCCGUCAUGGGGUUAGAGGAGGACGAGGUUGGGGUGAGGUUGCGGUAUCCCGGGGCGAAUUAUCUCGAGCGGUACGAGCUCGUCUGGGGCAGGGACAAGAUCGACGGGGCUCGGGAUAUCAUGGAGGUAGUAAAUCUCGUGGGCUCGAUAUACCUCACCGAUGCACAAGCGAAGCCAUUCUUGGACCAGGACCACGGUAUCUACCGCCGGCUGGAAAAGAGCAAGAACACCAAAGACGGAAAGGGCUUCAAAGCGGCGUUGCAAGAAUACAACGAGCAGCUGCUGGCCCUUCAGAAGAAGGGCGCCAUAGCGCAGAACAUCGACGCCAUGCGGGGUGUUCCCCGGGAGCUGGUCGAGACCAUCCUGCGCCAAGUCUAUGACCGCACCGUGGCGCCCAAGGUCGAACUGCUCGCCAAGUACCAGAACGGCACCGACAACGUCUAUGGCGAGCUGCUCCACCCCUUCGUGUCGGACAUCUUCGACCGGACCAAGCUGACGUCGGAAAUGGUGUUCGUCGACCUCGGUUCGGGCGUCGGCAACGUGACGCUCCAGGCGGCGCUGGAGAGGGGGUGCGAGAGCUGGGGCUGCGAGAUGAUGGAGAACGCGUGCAACCUCGCCGAGGCGCAGCAGAAGGAGUUUGCGGCCCGGUGCCAGCUGUGGGGCAUUGCGCCGGGCAAAGUCCAUCUCGAGCGAGGCGACUUCUGCAAGAACGAGCGGACGCUGGCGGCGCUGAAGCGCGCGGACGUGGUCCUCGUCAACAACCAGGCGUUCACGUCGGAGCUCAACGGCACCCUGGUCAACAUGUUUCUGGACCUCAAGGUCGGGUGCAAGAUCGUGUCGCUCAAGACGUUCGUGCACGACAACAAGACUGCGGCGAACGAUGUCGCCGCGUCCAUCUUGGAUGUCGAGCACUUCUCAUACCCCGGGGGGUAUGUCAGCUGGACUGCUGCGCCCGGCACGUUUUGCAUCUCGACGAGGAAGUGACCUUUCUCUGCCUGGGCGGAUUAGCGUUGGUUUUUCGAGUUCGUGGUUCUGGAAGAGUUCCUUCAGGAGUACGGUGGAUAGAAUUGGAAUAUCGCCAGAAGAGC